AUGCCUCAUGGAACUCACUAUUGCCGUUCUGUGUUCACCAAGCCCAGGAAGCCCUCUCCCCACCCUGCUGAUAACUGCAACCAUGCCUUGCCUGUGAGGGAUACCAAUGAGGAUGUGGGGGAUUAUCUCCCCAAUGAAUACAGCAAGAUCACUGAUGCAAAAUUGGUUUGGGCAAAGCCUGGGGUUCCCAAGCAUUGGGACAGAAACCAGAUGCCCCCUAAUGUGCCUGGAAGGGUGUGGGAAUGGCAGGAAGAAGAUAAUUACUGGAAGCUCGACAUGGCAAAGAGGGAGGGCCACCCUGAUACUCUUGUGUUGUUAUGUGACCACAUGUUCUGCAUCAACACAGCUGGGACACAUGGGUGUGUGGAGAUGAGUUUGGCACAGAUAGAGGCAGCUGGAGGUAUUGCAUGUGUGAAGUGCUGCAAGGAUCAAGGAAUGUGUGCUCCUCCUUAUAAUUAUCAUGGCUCUCUGCCAGUCUGGUCAUUAGGGCCAGUGCAUGCUGAUCCAGUCAUCAUGAUCAUGGCGCACUGGCAGGAAUCUGGCAAGCAUAGUAUGUCAGACUUGUCAUCCAAGAUAGUCCAGGCCUAUCUUGGUGAGAUGUAUAUGUCACAGCGACUGGCACAACAUGCAUGCUAUGUUGACAUAGUGCUGUCAGAACAUGGUGCAACAUGGUCUGCUGAUGACCAGCCAUCCAGACAGGCAGAUGGAAUGCGGCUCAUAUGUGCCCACAUUGCUGACUUGGUGAACAAGGCCAAGGCACUGUAA